CAUUUAAAUAGCCGCUGCAAAAAUGUCCAAUCCAUUAUCCAAAUUUCAGCAGUGCUAAUUGCUCUGAAGAAGAAGAAGAAGAAGUAAGGAUCCCUAAACGCGGAUAGAGUAACAAGUUGAAGGGAACCAAGAUACAAGUUGGAGGGACUUAAGCCAUGGCUAACGAGCUGCGAGUGCUUAACGCGCUCGACCUCGCGAAGACACAAUGGUACCAUUUCACAGCCAUCGUGAUCGCGGGAAUGGGAUUCUUUACCGACGCAUACGAUCUGUUCUGCAUCUCGCUUGUCACGAAACUGCUGGGUAGGCUGUACUACCAUGUUGAUGGUGCAUCGAAGCCCGGCACUCUCCCUCCUAACGUGUCAGCCGCUGUCAAUGGUGUCGCUUUCUGCGGCACCUUAGCUGGGCAGCUCUUCUUCGGGUGGCUCGGAGACAAGAUGGGGAGGAAACGUGUCUAUGGUCUCACCCUGAUUCUUAUGGUCGUGUGCUCCCUCGCCUCAGGGCUUUCCUUCGGCAGCUCUCCUAAGGGUGUCAUUGCGACCCUUUGUUUCUUUCGGUUCUGGCUAGGGUUCGGUAUUGGAGGAGACUAUCCUCUUUCUGCCACCAUCAUGUCUGAGUACGCAAACAAGAAGACCCGUGGCGCAUUCAUUGCUGCUGUCUUUGCCAUGCAGGGUUUCGGAAUCUUGGCAGGUGGGAUUGUUGCUCUCAUUGUCUCGCUUUCGUUCGAUCACGCGUAUAACGCCCCCGCUUAUGAGGUCGAUCCGGUGGGCUCCACUGUGCCACAGGCUGACUAUAUCUGGCGUAUCAUACUCAUGUUUGGAGCCCUCCCCGCUGUUCUCACUUAUUACUGGCGGAUGAAGAUGCCCGAGACAGCCCGGUACACCGCUCUAGUUGCCAAGAACGCAAAGCAAGCUGCUACAGAUAUGUCCAAGGUGUUGCAGGUGGAUCUCGAAGCAGAACAAGAAAAGGUCGAUAAGCUUGCUCGGGACACAAGGAAGAACUAUGGCUUGUUCUCUAAGGAAUUUGCCCGCCGGCACGGCCUUCACUUGCUUGGGACCACCAGCACGUGGUUCUUGCUGGACAUUGCUUUCUACAGUCAGAAUCUCUUCCAGAAGGACAUAUUCAGCGCCAUUGGCUGGAUCCCGCCAGCUAAAACCAUGAACGCGAUCCAUGAAGUGUACAAAAUCGCAAGGGCACAGACGCUGAUAGCUCUUUGCAGUACAGUCCCCGGUUACUGGUUCACUGUGGCCUUAAUCGACAUCCUCGGUAGGUUUUUCAUCCAGAUCAUGGGCUUCGCGAUGAUGACAAUAUUCAUGUUUGCACUCGCGAUUCCUUACGACCACUGGAUAAAGAAGGGGAAUCACAUUAGCUUCGUCGUGCUCUACUCGUUUACAUUCUUCUUCGCCAACUUUGGGCCAAAUGCGACCACCUUCGUGGUUCCUGCCGAGAUCUUCCCGGCAAGGUUGAGAUCGACCUGUCAUGGGAUAUCUGCAGCUGCUGGAAAGGCUGGAGCCAUAGUGGGCGCAUUUGGUUUCCUCUAUGCAGCUCAAAGUAAGGACCCGAGCAAGACCGACGCUGGCUACCCACCUGGUAUCGGCGUGAAGAACUCGCUCAUCAUGCUCGGUGUCAUCAACCUUGUGGGCGCAGCGUUCACUCUGCUUGUUCCUGAAUCGAAGGGAAAAUCACUCGAGGAUCUAACCGGUGAGAAUGAUGAAGAGGAGAACACUACCGAGCUCGGGAGGAUAGCACCUGCUCCCUGAGAACAGAACGGAUCAAAAAGACAUUCGAUCAACGCAGUCCGAGCAAUUUGAAUCAUCUUUGUAGUUCAUAAAGUUUGUGCAUGCAAUAAUGUAGCUUCCGUUCUCUUCGAGCAUGUUUAAAUUCUUUCGCGGCAUGUACUGGUCACAGUGUCUGUUGUUGGUUAUGGUGUUAUUUGAAUGUUAUUGGUUGUAUAUGUAAGUCCAUUGUUCUACAUUA